AUGCUGCUUCCACUGCCUUCGCAGAUCAAUCUCGAGCUCGAGCAGGAGAUGCACAGGCUACUGAGCAGAGCGCCUAACCAGGAAGGGCCCCAGCAAAUGAGGCCAAACUGGAAGAUCAAGAAGGUUCCCAUUCGAAUCUACAACAUGUGGGUCGCAAACUGGGGAGGCAUUCUUGUUACCAAGAAGCACAACCCUGGCAAAAAGGCAAGCGCUUCCAAAGCUAGCGAUGAGGGCAAUCCUAGGAUACGCGCGGGUCUGGAGACGAUGUGCAUCGAGCAUUUGAAGGAUGACCACUUCAUCCUGUCUCCACAUCCGCUGGAAGCUACUACCAGAUACCUCCUUGCAUAUGACUCUAACACGUGUUCCUCAGCCGACUGCUGGACUCUCUGGGGAGCUGGUGUUGCUGCGUAUGUGGACUACUUGAGCUCCGGAUCUGGCAGCGUUUUUGACAUCCCUGCGCACUUCCACAGCUCCCUGGACUCCAUCGUGAAGCAGCUCUUGCGUUCCGUGCAGGACACUUCACGUUCCCUGCGGCGAACAACCAACGCCUUCGUUAUGAGUAGUCUCAAAGACCUGGACCGCGAGAGCAAGGAGUCCUCGCUGGAAGAUGUCCAGGCAGCCGCUGAGCAACUCCUGGCAGAGUCGAGACUAAGCGGGCCCCCAGAGGCCUGGCAGCUCCCAGAUGGACGGCACGAGCUGCUGUUGAAAGAGCUCACAUUGUUAGAGGAUCAAGUCAAUGACGGCCGGGCUUUGCGCGAGGUGGAGGCGCAGGCCGAGGUGGUGGCUGAGGCCCUCGCAGGACAAAUGGCUGAGAAGGAUUGGGAGGAGCUGUAUGCUGAAGCGUCCACGGCUUUCGGAGAGACUGCCACGUUCCGUUCCACCUUCCGCGACACUGGUACCUUUCGCGAUACUGGCACCUUCCGUGACACUGGCACCUUCCGUGACACAGGAUUCAGUACCUGGUCGUUCGACUUUCCGGAGCCCAAGACGCGAGACGUCCUACAGCAAAUCAUGGACGAGCACAAGCUGCCUGAGUCCAUGCAGAAGGAGCUGGACGAGUUUGAAAGUGAAAUGGAGGCCAAGAACCUGGCCGCGGAGGAGCGGUUCGGGCUGCUAUCCGUAAUGCGCAAGACCAGCACUUUUCGGCAUGAUGGCCGACGAAGGGCAGGAGCCUCGUUUGCCUUGGUGGCUGGAGCCAUGAGUGAUCAGGCUUCCAUGCCGAGCCAGCCCGCGACUGCUGCCACUCCAGCAUCUCCUGCCUUGUCAGAUGCCUCGCUGCAGCAAGCGCAGCUGGCCAAUCACAUUGGUGGCAUCUACAGGUCAAUGUACGCCCCGGGCGUGCCAGCAAUGACCAUGCCUACCCAGGGUGCCAUGCCACAGCAGGGCGUCGGUUCCCCUGUGGUCCCUUCUCCGGCCAUGGGCGGAAUGGGCGGAAUGCCUGGCAUGGGUGGGAUGUAUGGAGGCUCCUCCUACGCACCCAUGGGCACGAACGCAUAUGGCGGAGCCUUCGGAGGUUCGGCCUCUGAGGUGCAAUCCUCGCAGUCUCAGCUGGCAGACCAGCUGGGGCAGUUCUAUCGGGCCCAGUUCCUGCCUCCUGGCGUCGAGUCGCAGGUUGCAGCGCAGCAGGCGGCACAGCAGGCUGCGAUGGCUGCCCAGCAGGCAGAGCAGGCAGCACAGCAGGUUAAGCAGGAGACCAAGGGCGCCGCCUGGAGCUGA